GUUAAAAUUACUAAUUAUAUAGAACUUUUUGCGUAUUAACAGACCAUGCUGAUGUCAUCAAGUUUGAAUGAAAGAUCUUUUCGACUGUUCUUUUGCAUAAGCUAAUUUUUCCAUGGGCUAUCCAAUAGUGUUAAUACCUUUGCAAGUUUGUGUAGAUUUAAGAUAACCAUCAUGGUCUGAGGGAGAGUGCUAUAUUUGUAGUGUAAUUGUAAAAACAAAAUGGAUCCAACGUUGUAUUUAUCUCAUCCGGAAUUGUUACGGUACUUGUCUGGAGAAAUAUCAUUUGAGACAUGGUUAGACAAUCAACAAGGAAACUCUGCUAGCUCUCACAGAGAUGAAAGUCAAUCCAUUGCUUUGAACGUUCCAGUGAAUAACCUUGGCACUCCUUAUGAUAGCAUGGAGUCCACAGCUGCCAUAUUUUCAUCCUGGGGAAGCGCUUUUACUGGUAGUUGUAGUACCGGAACUUCUGUUACCGACAACCAAAGUAAAAACAGUGGUAGUAACAACAAGGAUAUUGACACUGAGGAUGAUAAUGUGGUGGAUGAUGAGGAUGAGGAUGAACGGGAUAUAUUUCAACCGAAAUUAACUGAUGAUGUCUUUAUUGUGGACAAACCAUCCUUUCAGCAGUUGCCACCACUGGCAGAAGAUGCUCAAGGAAUUCAGGGAAGACAGUUGAUUCCAUUUAUAGAAUCGUUGGUGGAUAUCAUACCAACCUGCAAAGUUCGUGACCUAGGAAAACAAAAACAAGGCUUGGCUGAAAAUGAUGAUGCACCAGACAUAAUGAAAGAUUUUCAGAAUUUUCAAUUUCGUAAACGUCGGCGGAAAGGACAAAGCAUUGUGCGAAACAAACUACCAGAGCUUUUACGUUUACAAAUGGGUCAGGCUAACCUGUUGGUUGCAAAAGGAGAUUUUAAAAAAGCGGCUGAUAUCUGUAUGGAGAUUGUACGAGAAGCACCAUACAGUGGUUUAGCGUUCAAAACCUUGGCUUUUAUUUAUGAAGAACAAGACAACAAAGAGAUGUCUCUGCAAUAUUCUCUGAUAUCUGCUUUUCUGGACUGUAGAGAUUCACAAGAGUGGCAAGAAUUAUCAAAAAAAUGUCUUGAAGCAGGAAACAUGAAGCAGGCCUUGGUUUGUUUUGAGCGAGCAUGUCGAUAUGCACCAGGAAAUAUAAGUCUUCAUUGGGAGAGGGCAAAGAUGUAUUUAGAAGUUCAAGAGUACAAAAAAUGCUUAGAUAUAUACCAACAAAUUGUCAAGCUACUUCAUCCAUCAGAACCUGCUCCCUACAUGCAGUUAGCCAAAGAAAUGGCACAGUUUUAUCAUAAGAAUGGUAUGACAGAGAAGGCUGGUGAAACUUUGGAAGCUGCAUUUGCUACAUGCCCACACUAUCCAGAUGUUGAAGGAGUCAAUAUGCUAAGUGAGAUAUUGAUUGGAGCUAAAAAAUAUCAAGAAGUCAUAAAGUUGAUAUGCUCUCAUUGUGAUGUUGUGAUACCGUCUUCUCUGCAAGAUUUCACUCAUAAGGAGGUUAAAAAGAGAGAAGAGGACAGCAUAAACAAUCUUAAUGCUUUUGUCAAAAAGACGACAAGUACAGGUUUUGAAGAACUCACUUUAAACAUAGCAUCACAACUUGCUGAGUCAGCAAUUUCAAGCACCAAUCCGCUCCUUUCAUCAGAUGGAACAUAUGCGAACACAAGCAAGGCGUAUACUACUUUACAGCCAAUGAAACAUGCUAACUUGAAUCCAGUAAAUGAUAAAACUUACACCAAUACGUUUACUAUACCUUCUGAUCUUCCUCUGGAUAUUCGAAUCAAACUUGCAUUGUGUUUAAUACACACUGGCCAAACCUUAUCUAUAGAGACAGUAAUUGAGCCACUGUUGAAAGAAGACAUGAAUAAUGUGGGUGACUUGGUGUUGGAUAUAGCUGAAUCUUUUUUCGAAAACGGUAGAUUUCAAGAAUCACUUGACUAUUUGUUACGAUUGGUAGAAUCUGAGAAAUACAAUCAGGCGGCAGUGUGGCUGAAAGUUGCAGAAUGCUACGAAAACUUAGGAGAAGUACACAACAGUAUUGAAGCAUAUUACCAAGUCAUAUCUCUUGCACCAUUGCAUGCCUCUGUGCGGUUAACUUUGGCAAAUGCAUUGCGCUCUGUCGGUCGAAACGAAGAUGCUAUAAACGUGUUAGCAGAUUAUGAUGAAGCUUGUGUCGAUGAUGAUGGAGAUGAAAAAAUUGCCAUCAAUGAAGAAAACAGAUUGAAACUUGAGCAAUACGAGGAGUGGUAUAAAAAAUGUUUGGUUAUGUAUCAAGAGGGAAGAUUUCGUGAUUUUAUUUAUCACAGUUACAUCCUGAUGUGUAACUACCUAAUGUCUGGAUACAAUCUUCAAAAGAAACAGACAGUCGGAAAAGCACAUAUGUGGGAAUUGUUACUCAAAAUUUUAAAUGUGUCGGUGAAGUUGAAAGAGAACAAGAAAGCUAUGAACCUUCUCGAUCAAGCCCUUCAAUAUAAACCGUACACGGAAAGUAAAAAAUACAGACUCGAACUAGACUACCUGCAGACCACAUUGUAUUUCGUGUCUGGAGAAUACUCCAAGGCGUUCGACUCUUUUCGAGUCUUGAUAUCACACGAAAGGGAGGCCCAAAUCAACGGUACCGAUGUGUGGAAUUUGUUUACUCAGAUAGCCAAUAAGAUGCUGGAUAAACGGCAUCACAGAUAUACUCUUCGAUUUCUGUUUAAAAAACCCAAGUUGAUUCCGUUGAUUUUACACAAUGGGAAUAACUCUCACAUGUCCGGUACUUAUAAAUACGCUAUCGGUGAGUUUUCCCGAGCGUUUCGUGAAUGGCCCAAGUACCCACUGAGCAGUUUGCUACUAGCUAUCUCCUUCUUGCAUUUGUCUUGUCAGAAGUUUCACAAAACACGUCAUACCUCCAUACUUCACGGUGUUAUUUUUCUCUUUCAAUAUUUUAAUCUUCGUGAAGGAAACCAGGAGGCGUAUUAUAAUGUCGGAAGGGCGUUUCAUCAAAUAGGGCUUGUACACGUGGCUGUAUAUUACUAUCAGAAGGCGUUAGAAUUUCCACUUCAUGCAGAAAGUACAGACGCUAGCAAUGCGACAUAUCAUCCUUUCAUUGACCUGCAUCGAGAAGCAGCAUACAAUUUGUCGUUGAUUUAUAAGAACAGUGGAAACAUAGACUUAGCUCGUAAGACCCUGUACAAGUAUUGUUGGAUUUAGAAUAAGCGCAAGUUAAAGACAUUUUAUGAAGAGGACAUAAAGACCCACCCCAUCGUGUAAGCAGAUAAAGAAAAGUUCACUAUGUCUGACUUUGUGAAUAAAAACUCCGGAAUUAUAAAUUUUUUUCGGGUUGAUGGACACCUUGGUGCCCAUAACACCACCCUACUAUGCUUGCCUGCCCAAAGUGUUGUUACGACAAAUGUGGAUAGCGUUUGUGUAGAUGAUGUUUAUAUGGACGAAAUAUAUUUAUUUUUAUUACGA